AUGCGACUCGCCAAAGAGUUCAUGCGGCUCGCCAAAAAGAAUUCAUGCGACCCGCCAAAGAAUUCAUGCGACUCGCCAAAGAAUUCAUGCGACUCGCCAAAAGAAUUCAUGCGACUCGCCAAAGAAUUCAUGCGACCAUGGGACUCGCCAAAAGAAUUCAUGCGGCCCGCCAAAAAUUCUGCCAAAAGAAUUCAUGCGACUCGGCAAAGAAUUCAUGCGACUCGCCAAAAGAAUUCAUGCGACUCGCCAAAAAAUUCAUGCGACUCGCUAAAAGAAUUCAUGCGCUCAAAAAACUUAUGCGGCCCGCCAAAAGAAUUCAUGCGGCCCGCCAAAAGAAUUCAUGCGACUCGCCAAAAGUUCAUGCAGCCCGCAAAAGAAUUCAUGCGACUCGCCAAAAGAAUUCAUGCGACUCGCCAAAAGAAUUCAUGCAAAUCGCCAAAAAAGUUCAUGCGGCCCGCCAAAAGAAUUCAUGCGACUCGCCAAAAGAGUUCAUGCGGCCCGCCAAAAGAAUUCAUGCGACUCGCCAAAAGAGUUCAUGCGGCCCGCCAAAAGAAUUCAUGCGACUCGCCAAAAGAAUUCAUGCGACUCGCCAAAAGAAUUCAUGCGACUCGCCAAAAGAGUUCAUGCGGCCCGCCAAAAGAAUUCAUGCGACUCGCCAAAAGAGUUCAUGCGGCCCGCCAAAAGAAUUCAUGCGACUCGCCAAAAGAAUUCAUGCUCGGAAUUCAUGCGACUCGCCAAAAAGAAUUCAUGCGACCCGCCAAAAGAAUUCAUGCGACCUGCCAAAAGAAUUCAUACGACUCGCCAAAAGAAUUCAUGCGGCCCGCCAAAGAAUUCAUGCAGCCCGCCAAAGAAUUCAUGCGACUCAUAAAAGAAUUCAUGCGACUCGCCAAAAGAAUUCAUGCGGCUCGCGAAAAAUUCAAUAAAAGAAUUCAUGCGACUCGCCAAAAGAAUUCAUGCGGCCCGCCAAAAGAAUUCAUGCGACUCGCCAAAAGAAUUCAUGCGACUCGCCAAAAGAAUCAUGGCUCGUCAAAGAAUUCAUGCGACCCAAAAAGAAGUUCAUACGGCCCGCCAAAGAGUUCAUGCGGCCCGCCAAAGAAUUCAUGCGACUCGCCAAAAGAAUUUUCAUGCGACUCGCCAAAAGAAUUCAUGCGACUCGCCAAAAGAAUUCAUGCGACUCGCAAGAAUUCAUGA